AUGCCCUACGCGUCCAUCUUCCCGGCCUCGGGCCUCAUCAGCCUCCCCACUAUCACCCUCUCGUCCGCCGACAAGCUGUUCCUCUUCCUCUUCGUCUUCCGCUACCUCCGCUUCGUGGUGCACUUCGUCACGGGCUGCUUCCUCUACAAGCCCGCCCCGCAGAGGGACAAGCCGCGCUACACCAACCGCGACGUGGCCGUCAUCAUCCCGACGGUGGCGCCCUACACCAAGGAGUUCAUCCGCUGCUGCGAGACGGUGCUGGCCAACCGGCCGCUGUACGUGGUCAUCUGCGGCGUGGGCGACAAGAUGCGCGACUACAUCAGCGACGUCGUCGGCGCCCACCGGCUCCGCGAGCGCUUCCCCGACACGGAGAUCAGGGUCGUGCGCACCAGCAGGCCCAACAAGCGGCAGCAGGUCGCCCGCUCCAGCCUCGAGGUCGACCCCUCCCGCGCCGCCAUCUGCAUCAACGCCGACGACCACGUCUACUGGAAGCCCACCUUCCUGGCCCGCCUCGUCCCGGCCUUCGAGGACCCCUCCGUCGGCUUCGCCGGCACCAACAAGCGCGUCAUCCGCGACACCCGCGGCGGGCCCUGGGCGUCCUACACCAACUUCCUGGCCUGCACCUACCUGGCGCGGCACAACUUCCAGAUCCGCUCGGAGCCCUACCUCGACGGCGCCGUCUUCGUCGUGUCGGGGCGCACCUACGCGAUCCGCACGGCGAUCCUGCGCAGCGAGGCGUUCCGCCGCAAGUACCUGGGCGAGCGCUACCUGUUCGGCCUGCGGGGCCCCCUCAACGUCGACGAGGACAACUGCAUCACGCGCUGGAUGCUGCGCAACAACUGGCGCGUCGCCAUCCACCCGGCCAGCCUGCGGUCGCUGCACACCUGGCGCACCUACCCGUGGAGCGUGUACGCCAUCUACCUCUCGCAGCUCGUCAGCGCCGCCGCGCUGUGGGACCCGCUGCUCGUGUGGGCGCUGCGCCGCACCAGCGUCUACGUCGCCGCGGAUGAGGGGAGGCAGUCCGUCCUGCUCGCGGUUAUGGUAUCGUGGAUCCUCUUCUCCAAGAUGGUCAAGAUCGCAAUGCACUUUGUCAGGCACCCCGCCGACGUCGUCUGGCUGCCUGGCUACCUGGCCUUUGCGUACGCCCACUCCUUCAUCAAGCUGUACUGCCUGUUUACCUUUUGCGACCACUCCUGGAACGGCCGCGACCUGGCCGACCUGGACUCUGUCAUGGAGAGGGAGAGCCUCAAGCUGAAGCUGAAGCUGACGGCCUGA